UAAUCAGGCUUCUCUCAGGUCGCUCUGUUGUGGGGUCCUUGCUGGCUGCGCUUCCUGGUCCACGUAUUGAGAAGAUCACCAAUAUCCUCUUUGACAGAUAAUGACAUUUGACCGUGUUUAUCCAGCCUGUAUUUCUCUUUCAUGCCCAGCAGUCAAACCCCGGCGGUAGCCAGCUGAUCUCACACAUCUGGACAUCUUGACGUCGUUUCAAACGGAUACAAAAUGUCUUGGUUUGCUGAUUUGGCUGGGAAAGCUGAGGACUUCCUGAAUAAAGUGGACCAGGGAGCUGCCACUGCCCUGACCAAAAACCAGUCGAGAACAUCCUCCUUUUCGUCAUCCUAUGGAGAGGAAUCACUUGUGAAACCCGAAUAUAGCACUUCAGAGUACACGACCCAUGCAGCUGUGACACAUCAUGCCUAUGUAUCGUCUGAUGACGCACCCAGCUUUAUCUCUGCAGCAGCUGGCAACAUUAAGAGAUCCAGUGCUACCCUGCUGGCUGGUACCGCCAACGUGGCCAGUACGGCCAACAUGGCCAGUACUCCAUCCGCUUCUGGCAGCAGCCCCCCCAACUCUGCAAAGACCUCGUCUGGCUUUGUGAGGCCCAAAAAGAGCGAGCAGGAUGUGGACGAUGACAUGCUUUUUGACUUUCUGAACAGCUCGGACCCUCCGGUCAGCAACAGGAGGGAUUCGAGAAGGGAACAGGUGAAAGUGUCGGUUGCGGUUACUGAGGCCCAAAACCCAACACCUCCUCCUUCCACCACUCCUCACACCGUCCCCUCAGCCCCGUCGACGCCCCCCUCAACCCGGGGUGUAUCCAGGGCCUCGAGCAUGAGCUCACUGUCUGCUCACAGCCUCAAAACAUCAGAGGAGAGCUCUGCUAAAGAACAAAGCCAAGACACACCUGAGAGUUCAGACUCAGGCUUGGCUGUCCCUCAAGAGUCCAUCAGGCAGGAGCCUCCUCCUCCUCCUCUUCCCACAGAGGAGCCGCAGAGCCACAUCCUGUCCAGUCUGCGUCUGGAGAACCAGCUGCUGCGCAGUGAGGUGGCCUCCCUCAACCAGGAGAUGGCUUCAGUCAUCCAGAGAGCAAAAGACUUACAAGAUGAAUUGAACCAGGCCCGUCUACGUGCAGACAGGUGGAACUCGGAGCAGUCUCAGACAGACCGGAUGGUACGGGAACUUCGGUCAAAGGUUGAUGACCUAACAGAGGCUCUCUCUGCUAAAGACGGUCAACUCGCCAUCCUGAAAAUCAGACUAGAUGAAGCUGAUCAGAUGCUGAAGUCCCGCUGUGCUGCAUUAGAGGAGGCACAGAAGGAACGGUCAAGAAUUAUGCAAGACCACACAGAAGGGAGCAGCAUGCAGAACCAAGCUCUUGAAACGAUACAGGAGAGGCUGCGAGAGGCUGAUUUGGCCGUCAGGAGGGAGCAGGACAGCUACAGGCAGAUGCAGAAUGAGUUUGGCGGCCGCCUGUCCAAGGUGGAGGCAGAGAGGCAGACCCUCGCAGAGACGGUGACUGCAGCAGAGCGGCGAGCUGCAGAGGAGAAGCUCAGGGUCGACGACCUCCAGUCACAGCUGAAAAGUGCUAAAGCUGCAGCUGAGGCUGCCAAACAGGAGUUGCAAGACUACAAGCACAAAGCUUCACGCAUCCUUCAAUCCAAAGAGAAGUUGAUCAGCAGUCUGAAGGAGGGAUCUGGUCUGGACACUCUGGAUGGCAGCGGGACCAUGGCUCUGGAGCUGGAGGACCUGCGUCACGAGAGGGAAAUGCAGAAAGAGGACGUCCAAAAACUACAGGGCCAAGUGCACACACUUCGGAUAGAAAUACAGGAUUUAGAGAAUCAGGCUGUGACUGAGGCAGACUCAUGGAGGGAGCAGCAGCUGCAGUUUGAGGAGCAAAUGGCCUACCAGCACAGACUAAAGCAGGAGGUGGAGGCUGAGCUCGAGCGCUACAAACAGGAGCUGCAGUAUCUAGAGGAAGAACAACAUCGAGCCAAAACCACUCUGCAGAGCAGAGUCAAGGACAGAGAGGAUGAAAUCCAAAAACUCAGGAACCAGUUGACCAACAAGACCCUCAGCAGCAGCAGUCAAACGGAGCUGGAGAAUCGUCUCCACCAGCUGACAGAGACGCUGAUCCAGAAGCAGACGAUGCUGGAGGCUCUGGGCACAGAAAAAAGCUCCCUGGUGUUUCAGCUGGAGCGCCUGGAACAGCAGCUGAAGAACUCACAGGGAGGACAAAGUGGAGGGCCGAGCAUCAACAUGAGCGGUCUGGAGGGACCAGUGGCACGACAAAGAAACACACCCGUCCUUUUCAGCGAUCAGGACAGUCCAGGAAUGUACGGCAAAGUGCGCAAGGCAGCCAGCACCAUUGACCGUUUCAGCAUCAGACUGGGUAUCUUCUUGAGGCGCUACCCCAUGGCCAGAGUUUUUGUCAUUCUGUACAUGGCUGUACUGCACCUGUGGGUCAUGAUCGUUCUCUUGACCUACACACCAGAAAUGCACCAUGGGCAUCCAGGUGGAAGAUAGAAGACUUGAAUUUUACUGUUGGUAUUAAAAAGGUUUGUUCUACGACCUUCAAUGGUGAAAGGAUGGUACAAGCUGCUGGAAUAUGGGCUCUGGGUCCUAACUCUCCCUGUUUUGCACAGAAAUGCUAUGACUUAAAUACAUUUCCUCUGAUUUAUUCUUUAUUUUUUACAACUGAAGAUUGAUGGCUGACAGCUGCAUUGCGUUUUAAAAUAAUGACAGAGUGAUAUAUUGUAUUGGUGGUCUGCCGAAAGGAAGUUAAAUCAAACGUGAGCCCACAUCUGUUCUUCUCCUCAUCUGCUUUCAGACCUCUGGUCUCUUGAGAGAUUGUAUUUAACACUAUGUAAAGAAAUAAUCUUUUAAUAAACAAAUUAGAAGAAACAACAAAGCUUGGCUAUUUUCUUAUAGAUAAU